AUGAAGGCAGUCCGAUAUUCCGACUCUCCCGCCACUUGUGCGACCUCCAAGUUUCUGCCUUACAUUCGAACUCCGGAGAAGAGCUAUGUCUGUUCCUGGCUCGCCGACACGAACAUCAAAGGGGCGGAUGAGCAUAUUUUGACUCAUUAUUGGGGAAUUGAAAUAUCGACCGGCCCCAUGUUGACACCUGAUAUCUCCUCACAUUGUGUCACAGGAAUCAAGGGCCGAUAUUUCGUCGUUGCCGCCGGAAGAGAACAUUCUGGGAAAAGUGAUUUGUUGAUCCUGACAGCCAUUUCGACAUACGGUCUCCUUUUGUUCGUGCAUCCUUAA